GAAAAGGUGUAUAUUCAGCUAGUAAUGGAGAUAUAUAUUUAGGCGAUUGGGUAAAUGUAAAAUAUCAUGGUCAAGGAAUUUAUAUAUAUUAAAAUCAGGAAAGAUACGAAGGUUAGCUUUAAAAUGGUCUUAGAAAUGGUGAAGGAACCUAUUUUUAUUAAAACGGAAAUAUAUUUGAUGGAGAAUGGUCUUAAAAUAAAAAGAAUGGUGUAGGAACAAUGAUAUAUUAUUAAUCUUAGGAAAAAUAUGAAGGUUAAUAUUAAAAUGGAAUAAAGUAAGGACAAGGAUAAUUCUAAUAUGCAAAUGGAGAUAAAUAUGAAGGAACUUGGAUAGAUGGAAAAAGACAUGGAAAGGGGGUCAUGUUUUAUUAAAAUGGAGAUAUAUAUUAAGGUUAGUUUGAUAAUGAUUAAUAAAUAGGAAGAUGUAUGUAUUAAUAUGCAAAUGGGGAUAAAUUUGAUGGGUUUAUGUAAAACUCUAAAAAAGAAGGAUAAGGAGUAAUAGAAUAUAGAAAUGGAGAUAUAUAUGAUGGAUUUUUUAAAAAUGAUGUAAAAGAGGAUUAAGGAGUAAUGAAUUAUGUAAAUGGAGAUAAAUAUGAAGGAUAAUGGUAAAGUGAUAAAAGGAAUGGAUAAGGAAUUUUAAUCACAGAAUUAUUUGAAUACUAAGGAUAAUUUAAAAAUGAUCUAAGAGGUGGAUUUGGAAAAUGUAAAUAUGCAAAUGGAGAUUAUUAUGAAGGAUAAUGGCAUGAUGAUUUUUAAUGUAAUAAUAAAAAUAUAUAAAUAUAUAUUUAUAUAUUUAUAUAUUAUAACUUAUAUAAAAUAUAAAAAUAUAAAUUAUUAAAUAUUUAUUAAUUGCAUUUAUAUUUAUAUAUAUUUAUUUAUAUUUUUUAAGAUGGUAAUGGAAAAUAAAUAUUCGCCGAUGGUUUUACAUAUGGUUUUUAAUUUUUAAUUUUAAAAAUAUAAUAUUUUUUUAACAAAAUAUAAUACAUAAUUAAGAUGGAUAAUGGGUAAAUGGAAUGA